AUAGUUUGACCGGUCAAGUAAUUUACACCAUCAUUUUUGGCGCCAUCCGUGGGACCGUUAAGGUUUUUCCUCUUCUAAACACAAACCUACCCACAAAAACACCACUCAAAAUGUCUUCAAGCCAGCAAAUCAACGCAACUCCCGCUCAGGUGCAAGCCAUCACUGAAGGUACCAGCAUCCCCAUGGUUGCUACCCUGCCAGCCAUCUCAGCUCCGGUUUUGCCGUUGGGACUAAGCUCAGUCCCGACACCUAGCAUGGUCAGCCCACUCACGGCCCCCAUCCCUUCCGCUGGGCCAAGGGUCACCUUUCCACCAAGCAUGACUCAGUUCAUGAAUGACCCGGCGAACCUGCAAGCCAUCCAAGGCUUUGGCCAGGUCAUGGCCAUGUGCCAGCAGAACGGGGGGAUGCCUUUUCUCCCUGGUAUGUUCCCGUUCGCCCUUCCAGGAGCGGGAACGAUGCCCCUACAAACUCCGAUGGCAGUGACGCCAUUCCAAACGCCGAUUCCGCAGCCAUCACCUUUCCAGCCGCAGCUGGUCAGCGCUGUGGCCCCCAUCAACUUGACGGGUGCGCUCAAUGCUGCGGGGCCAUCGCGUCCCCCGCAAGGUACGAAUCCGCAAAUCACUCCUGAUGGUCACUGCGUCUCAGUUGAGAGCGGGGAUGACGAGUGGGACAUCCCGAGGGCCCACAAGAAGAAGAAGGGAAAGGCCAUCCAGCCAGCCACUUCCCGAAACUCCGCCUUCGAAAGGCUGGGGGAUAGGGAAGAGGGCCAGAGAAAAUCAGCCAAGCUGAGGCUGGGGCAAAGCGUCGCCCAUGUCAGCGCGUUUGCCCGGUUGGGCGAGAUGAGGGAGGCCGAGCCUGCCCGCACCCAACGCUCCCGGUCGAACCGGCAAGAGCCAGCCAGGACGAGGGCCUCUCGUCAAGAGGAGGAAGCAGAAAGCCAGCCCAGGGCACCGGUGGCUAAUCGGUUGACCGUCCCCAACGACCGCGUCCAGCAGAUGGAGGCAAAGUUGGAGAGGCUGGAAAAGAAAGUCGAGGAGAAGAGUGACCGGGACAAACCUCUCGCGGGCUCCCCGUUCACCGCAAGAGUCCAUCUGACACCUUUCCCGCGAAAGGUUAAGAUAGACGCCCCAAGGUUCACCGGUAAAGAGGACCCAGAAAUCCACCUGGACUCCUUCAACCAGAGUGCAACCAUGAACGGUUGCACAGAUGAAGAAAAGUGCCCCCUUUUCUUCCAGACCUUAGGGAAUCGAGCCACUGAAUGGUUCAACAAACUUCGCCCGGGAAGUAUUGACUCGUUCAGUGACUUGGCCUCGAAGUUCAAGGCCAAGUUCCAGGAGAACUGUACAAAGAGGAAGAAAUUCACCUAUCUUAGUACAGCCGGGCAGAGGGAGCCUGAGAACCUCACCCAAUUCCUUACCCAGUGGAAGGAAGAGGUAGACAAGGUUGAGGAAAUGGAUGACAAGACAGUGUUGUCCCUCCUCCUGAAUGGUUUGCGAGCCGGGGAACUUUACAAGGAGUUCUGCCGAAAACCCCCGGCCACGUAUCAGGAAGCCUACCACACUGCAUGGGAGUUCGCCGAGGCAGAAACCCAACUACGGGCGAAGAAAGAGGCCGAGCAUGGUUACAAGCCCAAACCGGUGCAAGUCAAGAAGGAAGAGGCGUCGGGAUCCAACCGGCCAAGACACCACUAUGACCCGGUCAUCCGCAUGGUCAACACAGAAGAGUGCCAGGAGAUAAGGAAAGCACCGGCUACCUACCCGGUCAUUCCUCUGGAAAAUACCACCGGGCAAACUGGGCGCCAGUGGUCGGGCACCUAUUGCUCAUACCACCGGUCAGAUUCCCAUAACACCUCAGAAUGCAAGAGUGUUAAGGGAGUGAUCCGGCAGAUGAUAGAUAGCGGGGAACUGGGCAAAGAUUAUCUACAGAAAGCCCAAGAGAAGAACCACCAAUGGGUUAGGCCGGCAACCCAGGAGAACGACCGGGACAAGGACCGGCGGAGGACCAACCGGCCGAGGGAACAACCUCCCCCCGACAAAGAGCAUAUUGGAAUGAUCUUCGGCGGACCUGAAGGGGGAGAUUCAGCCGCGCAGCGGAAAAACUGGGUCCGCAGCAUUUACGUGGGUGAAGUAAGUGCUGAACCGGCCAGGCGCAAAUAUCCCAGGAGGGAGCCAAUAGUCUUCACUGACCGGGACCUCCCUCCUACCGGUGAAGAUCACAAUGAUCCAUUGGUCAUCACCAUGGACAUCAAUGGGGUGGACGUCGCCCGGGUACUUGUUGACACCGGCAGUAGUGUCAACAUCCUCUACCUAGAGACCUUCCAGAAACUCAAGUUGUGUCGAACACAACUUGAGCCCCUCAAAACCCCUCUCUCAGGUUUCACGGGAGAUACAGUUGAAGCUGAGGGAUCCAUAGUUCUACCGGUCGAACUAGGAUCAGGCGAAAAGACCGUGUGGAAAAGGAUGCGGUUCAUUGUUGUGGACAUCAAGUGCGUCCACAACGCGAUCCUUGGAAGGCCAGGCAUCAACAAAGUCGGGGCUGUGAUUUCCAUGCCCCACCUGUGCAUGAAGUUCCACACACCAGGCGGUGUGGGUGAAGCGAGGGGCGACCAAAGGAACGCCCGGGAGUGCUAUGCCCGGGCAGUCAAGAAAAUGACCAAGGGGGUCAACGUCAUCUCCCAAGAAACACCAGGGGAGAGACCCGGGAGAAACUGGAGCCUGAGGCUGAGACGAUGGAGAUUGAACUUCACCCGGGUGAUUCUUCAAGGAUGGUCAGAAUCGGAGCCAACCUCCCAGAAGAUCUCAAGGCGGAGAUUACACGGGUACUCCAAGAGUACGCGGGCAUAUUUGCAUGGAGCGUGGCAGAUAUGCCCGGAAUUGACCGCUCAAUCAUCUGUCACCGACCCACCGGUCAACAAACCCACUGAGCAAUGGUGGGAGAUGGCGGUAGACGGGGCAGCUGGCCCUAGAGGAUAUGGGGGUGGGAUCGUGUUUACCACCCCAGAAGGGUUCAAGAUCUAUCAUGCGAUCGCCUUCAACUUCAAGCUGACGAACAAUGAAGCAGAAUACGAAGCUCUGGCUGGAGGGCUCAGACUCGCCCAAGCCCUGAAGAUCGACCGGGUCAGUAUCAAAUCUGAUUCCAGUUUGAUCGUCGGGCAAGUGACCGGUAACAUGGAAGCUAGAGAAGGUCGAAUGGCGCAGUACAAGGACCUAAUACUUGCCCUGUUGAAAGGCUUCGAGGAAUUCAAGAUCGCCCAAAUCCCCCGGGCGGAAAAUGCAGAUGCAGACCUUCUCUCAAAGUUGACGCAAUAUGCCCCCAAGCAUGUUUCAAAACUUGCCCGGGUAGAAAUUCUUGAUCAUGCCAGCAUUGAAAAAUUGGAAGUAGCCGCCAUAACAGGAGCAGACCAACCUGACCGGUCAAACUUGGUCGGGGCGGAUGACCCCUGGAUGUGUGAUCUGAUGGAAUAUCUGAUGCACGGGACCUUGCCGGAACAAGAUGACCGGGCAAGAAAAGUGAAGCUCAGGGCACCCCGGUUCCAAGUCCUUGAUGGGAAGCUGUACAAAAGGGCGUUCGGAGGACCCCUCCUGAGAUGCCUAACCAACCGGGAGGCUGAACGGGUCAUAGCAGAAGUCCAUGAAGGUGUAUGCGCGGCGCAUCAAAUGUCCCGCACUCUUUCCCAGCGCAUCAUCUUGUUGGGGUAUUACUGGCCAACAAUUGUCCAGGAUUGCGAGAGGCUGCCCAUCGAAGCGGAACUCCCAACAUUCCGGGAAUCAAAUUAUCAGCCCCAGCAAAAUGAGGAAGAUCACUUGGCCGAACUCAACUUGGUCGAAGAGCGGAGAAUGGCCGCGGAAGUUAAAAUGAGCACAUAUCAACAAGUCGUGAAGAAGUACCACGACAACAAGGUUGGACCACGAUACUUUCAAGUCGGCGAUGAAGUCCUGCGAAGAAGGGAAGCUAGUAGACCGGGAGACGGAGGAAAGCUGGCCAAAAACUGGGAAGGACCCUACCGGGUGAGAGUUAUCAUUCGCCCGGGAACCUACCGGUUAGAAACUCUUGAUGGUGUACCGGUAGAAAGAACCUGGAAUUCCUAUCAUCUUCGCAAGUUCUACAAAUGAUUGUAAUACUAGGCAAGGCCUACUUUAUUAUCGAUCAAAGCGAUGACAUUCAAUACUCUACAUGGUAGCGGCAGAAUUGAUAGGUC